UGCAUUCUUUCUCUCUGUCUUUUGGGAUUUUGAUUUCGAUUUUAUAUUAUUUUGAUCUGGCAUCAAUGGCGAUGGGGAAGAUUUUUUCACAGCGAUUGUUCAAUAUCUCGAAAAUGGCGUCGCAAGGUCUCAUGAACUGUCGUAUCUCGUCUUCUUCAUUAGCCGUGCGAACCAGAGUUCCCAAAGAUCCAGGAGAAGCAACAAUCGACCCGGAACCUGGGGAUUCGACGAUCUCGCUGAGGUUUUUGCACAAAAUCUUCAUGAAUCGGAUGGAUAAUACUCUGGAGAUUCCGAUUGGGGAGAGUUUGAUUGGGAAGCUUCGAGAAAUGGAUGUGAACAAGGACCGGAUUCGAUUAGACGGACUUUCACCUCCGAUGAAAGAGGAGACGGAGACGUUGGGGCUUACUGUGCAAGACGCGAAGAAGUUGCUAAGAGCUGCGCAUGUCGAAGUCGUUAAGACGAAGCUGAUGGAGACCGGGAAAAGCUGGAUCCUUUACUCCGAUUUCGUUCGUCUCUGCAAUGAUUCCUCUUCGGAUCCUGCUCAGGGAACUUGGAUCGCGAAGAUGCUCGACGAUUCCGGGAACGUCAUCGUUUUGGGAGACUCCGUUUGUUUAAGACCUGAUCAGGUAACCAAAUCCAUCGAGGGCCUGCUUCCUUUACCACAAAUCCAUAACCCAAAUGACCCAAGAAGAAAGGAGCUAAAAGAGCUUGAAGCCAUAAAGACGGUCAUAGACGAGAAAGCACAUUCCUUGGUGAGAAGAGAGCUUUGGGCUGGUCUGGGUUACUUGAUCAUCCAGACCGCAGGGUUCAUGAGGCUAACCUUCUGGGAACUCACAUGGGAUGUUAUGGAGCCAGUCUGUUUCUAUGUCACGUCGGUAUACUUCAUGGCUGGUUACGCUUUUUUCCUCAGGACAUCGAGAGAGCCUUCCUUUGAAGGGUUUUACCAAAGCAGGUUUGAGGCUAAACAGAGGAAACUUAUGGAAGCUCAAGAUUUUGAUGUUGGGAGGUACGAUGAGCUGAAGAAGUUGUUUUAUCCAAAGCUUAAUUCAGCUGCUGUUUCCAAGAUUCUUGGAACUACAUAAUUGAUCUUUGAUCAAGGGCAUCUUGUUCGAUUCGAUGUGUGUCGUUUUGUCCUAACCUGAGAAAGACGAAUUAACCCCCCAAAGAUUUGUGUGAAAGAAUAAUAGUCACUAAAGAGAAUAAGACAACAAAAAAGUGUUCUAAUAGGUGCGGGCCGUGCGGCUUAUUUAACAUUUGGAAGAGUAGAUAAAAUAACAAAUGUGUAUGUGUAAUAAAAACUAAAAACUACUAAUAUCAUAUCUUUUUCCAACAGAUAAAAUUUCUAA